AUGCUCGAUGAAGAAGAAGAGCCCACGAGAGGCCAACCGCUUUCCUCCACCACACAUGGAAGAAGCAGCCUGGCACUCAAUUUCAAUUUGAACAAUCCGUCCCCGCAAGACAACGAACCACCCCAGAGCACUUGGCCCACCGGUUGGAAUACCCACCAUGAUUACUUUCUCUGGGCGUGCCGUGGUACCGUUCCUGUCAUUACUGAUCACCUGCAGGCCGUAUUUGCAUUCAGCCCUCCUAUUGAGGAGACCUUUGUUGCUGAAAGACUGAGCGGUGUGAAUGCCUACAAGCAAAUCACGUUCCUCAAGACCUAUCUCCCUGGCGAAACCCACUCUCUGCAGCGUGCGGAGGCCCGUGGUGUAAUCUAUGAAGCCAACAUUUCGCAUCCCGAUGUCCGCAGCGGGUCUCAGCAACUAGAUAUCGAACAGCUCGAUCCCAGAAACUCCCAAUAUCUUGAACCUGUCUUUCCCGGCGGUGGCCCUGCUGAAUGGACUCGUUAUGACGAUGCGUACGCUGCCUUAUACCUGGGCGACCACCCAGAGGCUCUUCGGGGCGACUAUAGCUGGGUAUUCCCGUCCCGACUUAGCCUCGAGUUCCUCAGCCUUCGAAUGGCGCAGAUACCUCAUUUGAAUCUGACCUGGGUUGAAUUGCAGGCUGCAGUAUCUCGUCGUAAACUUCUUCUCACGGCCUCUCCUCUGAGUAUUGGGCCGGAGUAUUUGGAUUGA